ACAAAAAGCCUUGGCAUCCACGGGAGGAAGAAGUGUUCAGGCAGCAUGUGACUGGUUAUUCUCCCACGUCGGUGACCCCUUCCUGGAUGACCCCCUGCCCCGGGAGUACGUCCUCUACCUCCGUCCCACUGGCCCCUUAGCACAGAAGCUUUCCGACUUUUGGCAGCAGUCGAAGCAGAUCUGCGGGAAGAACAAGGCACACAACAUCUUUCCCCACAUCACACUCUGCCAGUUCUUUAUGUGCGAGGACAGCAAGGUGGAUGCCCUGGGGGAAGCUCUGCAGACCACGGUCAGUCGCUGGAAAUGUAAGUUCUCGGCCCCGCUGCCCCUGGAGCUCUAUACGUCCUCCAACUUCAUUGGCCUCUUCGUAAAGGAAGACAGUGCGGAGGUCCUCAAGAAGUUUGCUGCUGACUUUGCUGCAGAGGCUGCAUCCAAAACCGAAGUGCAUGUGGAACCUCAUAAGAAGCAGCUACAUGUGACCCUGGCUUACCACUUCCAAGCCAGCCACCUACCCACCCUAGAGAAACUGGCCCAGAACAUUGACGUCAAGCUAGGGUGUGACUGGGUGGCUACCAUAUUUUCUCGGGAUAUCCGAUUUGCUAACCAUGAGACAUUACAGGUCAUCUACCCCUAUACCCCACAAAAUGAUGACGAGCUGGAGCUGGUCCCCGGGGACUUCAUCUUCAUGUCUCCAAUGGAGCAGACCAGCACCAGCGAGGGUUGGAUCUAUGGCACGUCCUUAACCACCGGCUGCUCUGGGCUCCUGCCUGAGAAUUACAUUACCAAGGCUGAUGAAUGCAGCACCUGGAUAUUUCAUGGUUCUUAUUCAAUCUUAAAUACAUCAUCGUCCAACUCUCUCACAUUUGGGGAUGGAGUAUUGGAGAGGCGGCCGUAUGAGGACCAGGGGCUCGGGGAGACGACUCCUCUUACUAUCAUCUGCCAGCCCAUGCAGCCGCUGAGGGUCAACAGCCAGCCCGGCCCCCAGAAGCGAUGCCUCUUUGUGUGUCGGCAUGGUGAGAGGAUGGAUGUUGUGUUUGGGAAGUACUGGCUGUCCCAGUGCUUCGAUGCCAAAGGCCGCUACAUCCGGAGCAACCUGAACAUGCCUCAUAGUUUACCUCAGCGGAGUGGUGGUUUCAGAGAUUACGAGAAAGAUGCUCCCAUCACUGUGUUUGGAUGCAUGCAAGCGAGACUAGUGGGCGAAGCCUUAUUAGAGAGCAGUACCAUUAUCGAUCAUGUCUACUGCUCCCCGUCCCUUCGCUGCGUUCAGACUGCUCACAAUAUCUUGAAAGGUUUACAACAAGAAAAUCACUUGAAGAUCCGUGUAGAGCCCGGCUUAUUUGAGUGGACAAAAUGGGUUGCUGGGAGCACGUUACCUGCAUGGAUACCUCCAUCGGAGUUAGCUGCAGCCAACCUGAGUGUUGAUACAACCUACAGACCUCACAUUCCAGUCAGCAAAUUAGUUGUUUCAGAAUCCUAUGAUACUUAUAUCAGUAGAAGUUUCCAAGUAACAAAAGAAAUAAUAAGUGAAUGUAAAAGUAAAGGAAAUAACAUCCUGAUUGUGGCCCACGCAUCUUCCCUUGAAGCUUGUACCUGCCAACUUCAGGGCCUGUCACCUCAGAACUCCAAGGACUUCGUACAAAUGGUCCGAAAGAUCCCAUAUCUGGGAUUUUGUUCCUGUGAAGAAUUAGGAGAAACUGGAAUAUGGCAGCUGACAGAUCCACCAAUCCUUCCUCUUACCCAUGGACCAACUGGGGGCUUCAACUGGAGAGAGACCUUGCUUCAAGAAUAAACCACACCAGUGAACAAGAUGGAAAGGCCUUUUGGAAACGUGUCUUUGUGUGUGUUUAAAAAUCCACACCACAUUCUAAGUGGACAGCUCAGAAUAAUUUAGCAUUUCCUUUCACACUUAAAGUUCUUAAGAUGAGACUGUGUAAAUGAGAGAAAGACUUGAUUCAGAGGAAAAAAAAAAUGUGUUCUCUCUGGACUCUUGCCUAGCUCACAAGGCUUUGGAGAAUUGUCUCCCUAACUUGGGGCACCUGCUACAGAAGAGAAUGUUUCGUUCCUUCCAGGUAUGCACAGCUAAGGGGCCUCAUUCCUCCCAGAGGGAGCUGCUGGCCCGCUCUAAGGGGUACAAGAGGAAGGAGUGUGCCCAGACCAGCUGGGGGAGCAUUGAAAGGGCAGUUUGGGGAUGGAAUUUUUUUUUUUUUUGAUCUCCAUUUUCCAGUUAGGCAGAGCCAAGCUGAGGAAUCCUUUUAAGAUUAUUAGAAAACAUGCCCUGAAGAGAGUUGUUCUUAGGUUACACGUGAAAUCCUACCCUCAUAGCCCCCAUACACCAGUGUUGCUGGCUGAAGACACCUGCUUAAGGAUGCUAAGUUACCCUGGUACUGCCACAUUCUCUCUACAGCAGCUGGCCCUUCUUGCUACAGCCCUUCCCACCCCCUUGCUUCUGUGAAAUGGGGAGACAAAGCACUUUUGCUCUCCAAAGCACUUUUGGAUACUCAGGAGGAAAGAUAAGAUACGUGUUUGAAGUAUUCAAUCAUAGGAGCAAAGAACUUGCAAAAUAUGAAGUGACUUGGAAUUACCCGUGUUGUAGCCUAAUGUGCUACUGCAUUUCUAAAUCACCAAUAUUUGCUUGUCUUUGCCUAGGGGCAAAGCCUAGACUCUAGACUCAUAGUCUAGCCUCUAGACUAUGUUAACUAGUUAAGGAUGUUACAUUUUGAAAGGAUGUAUGUUAGAUAUAUUACUUGCAGCAAGAAGUUCACUCUGUGCAAUAUGGACGUGUUUGCAAACCAUACCAAGGGUCAGGUUGCUGUACACUUACAGUACAUGUCAACCAUAACAGAACAUCCACAAAUGCAUCAGUUAUACCAGGGAUGUAUAGUAAGUCAGGGAACUAAUAUAAAUGAUGACAGUCAUGGCUGCACUGCUACUUGUGCUGUCGUUUUGUUUUUCUAUGAUAAUUUAAAAUAUAUAGGUAGGGCUACUUGAGGAAAUUUGGAGAGCCACAUUCUGUGGUUUCUCAUUAUACUUACUUCCUGCCUUUAGAGGGAGUUUAUUUAAAAGAAAAAUGAAUGACAAUCAAACCAAAUCAUCAGUUAUCAAUAUCUGUUUAAUUGUGUGACUAUCUGACUGUUGAUGGCCACAGACGAUGGUCUCCUAUGGUAUAGUUCACUCUGUAGAAGAUGUAUGCAAAGUGAAAUGCCAGCCCUUUAAAGAAACAGUAGUUAGUGUAAAAUGAAUGUUUGUAUGUUGCAGUAACAUUGGCUGUGUUUUAAAACUCAGAUGCAUAAAACGUGAGGUAUAUAAAAAUAGAUCUAUGCCUGUAUUUGAAACUACAACUUGAUAACCCCUAGAAAGAAGAGGACAUGAAAGGAUACUGGCUAUAUAUGUUAAUCAGCAAAAGGAUUAUAGUUGUUUUGUUCUGUUUUUAGAGACAGGGUCUCACUAUACUGCUUAGGCUAGUCUUGAACUCCUGGGCUCAAGCGAUCCUCCUGCCUCUGUCUCCCAAAGUGCUAGGAUUACAGGUGUGAGACACCACACCUGGCCCAUAGUUGUAUUUUUUUAGGUCACUUAGAAAAAUAUGUCAUGCAUUUUACAUUUUGAGAAACAAAUCAUGGUUUCUUCUAGCAUUGCACAAACAUUGACCCAGCUUCUGGGUAUGGAAAUAACCCUGUGGUGACAUGUUAAUAUAAAAUGUUGGAGGGGAAUAUUCCCAGUAAAGGUCUUAAAAGAAAAGUCACAUUACAGCUAAUGUAAUGGCCCUACCAUUCAUUCUUCUGGUAUUUGUGAUGAAGUGAAUCCACUGUUUAAUCAGAUCCAUAAUCUUUAACAAAUUCACCACAAAUUUUUUGUGGGCGUUGAGUGCUUGAAUGCCUCACCUUGAAACUGUAGCAUUGUAUUCUGGGCAGUAUCUGUAAUGUAUGAAAUAGAGUCUGGAAUAGGUUAUCCACUCUAUCUCUCUAGGUUAUCUUAGUCAUAUGAUGACCUGAUAAAUCUGUCUGACUAGGCUACAAUCCAUUGUUCUUAGUCCAAUAUGGACACUGCCUUAGGCAAUGGUCUAUAUAAACAAAAGGAGAUAGAGAUCUGAAAUAAUUUUCUGAAUAAUUUAGGUGGAAAACAAGAAAGAGUUUAUUUCUCUGCUUUCAAUUUCAUUAUUUCAAAUUGCUUAUCAAAAUGGCCCAAAAGAUCUGGAUUCACAUUAAGUUCUCCUUGCACACUUACCUACUUAAAAAACUAAACUUGCACUGCAACUGAGAAAUUAUUUGGAAAUCAUGUGGAAUCUAUGUAUAAUCAAAGAAACAGACAACUAUAUUACUCAAUUUCAUAUACAUCCAAAAAGUGUAGGCUAAUAUUGUACAUAACCUGAGUUGCAGCUGGUUCUUUUUGAUCUGAAGCUGAUGCUUAUUAGGACAAAUGAUGUCUGGGGAGAGGAGAAGGAAGGAAGGGCAAGGAAGGAAUUGACAGAUAAGAAGCAAAUGGUUUCUUGUACAGAAUUUUGUUUUAAUGUAGAAAGUUAUUUGAAAUGAACUAGGUGAAAUGAAAUUAACUGAAGGUUUUAAUCUGGGAUUGAAAGCCUGAAACCGUUUCCUGCUUCUACAAGUGUGCCACAUCAAUCCGGUAAUGCCCCAGUGGUAGUCACAGAUAGAACUUUGUUUCCUGUGAUUUUAAAAUACCGCAUCUGUUCCUCCAUGGACGAGAGUAAUUGGCACAUUUUAAUGCAUAAGCUGGGGGUUUCAUUUUCCCAGGCUCUCUUCACCAUCACUGCAUUGGUAGCUAGGAGCUUAUUGCUUCACCCCAGUAUGGAGUUCAGAUUACAGUGUUUUCCAUGACAUUUAGAUUCAUAGAAUCUGAAUGGCUGAUUAAAUGGCCAUCUGAUGGCUGAAAGAGGGGGGUAUUUUUCACUCUGUAGUGAAAGGCUUGGAGGAGUUUCUACUUUUUAUUUUAAUUAUACUUUAACCAAAGAAUUAUUUUAAAGUAACCUUAUAUUUGAAAGAUGAUUUUGCAAAAAAUAAAAAAUAAAAAAUAAUGUCUCCUGGAGUGAUGUCUGUUUGGUAAAUCAUUGUUGAUAAUUUCCUUGUUAGUGGUAUUUGGAAUGCAUAUAGAUUGUCCUGUCAUUGUGUGAGCACUACCAUAAAUGUAUCUUUUCCACUCAACUAGCUGUAUUCGUAUUAAAAUGAAGUCUGUUAUUUCAGUUACCUAGUGUCCUUGGGAACUAAUUGAACAGCUACAGUAAGAGAGGUUCCUAUCUCAUUGCCUUUGUGGAAAGGCUUCCCUAUGUGGUAAAAGAAAGGCAUUCCUCCGUAACCUAGGCACUCUGCAAGUCCAGUGUUUAAUUUCAAAGCAGUGAUGAAUUGCUCUUUUGAAAUUACUCUAAGUAAUCCAUGUGUUAGAAUACAGAUGAACCUCCGUUUGAUUUCACAGGCUUCAGCACAGACAACUGUUACUGAGUCUGCACGAACUUAGAUAAUGAGGUGCAGGGUUAUUUGCAUUUAAAUUGUAAUCCAGCACACGUGUGAGAAAGAAGAGGCGCUAGUCUAAAAGGCUGCCUUGCAGGGAGAGAUGAGACAGGCGGAGGAGGGUGGGGUAAGGAGCGAUUUAACAUCUAUUUAGGUUAAUGUUCACUUUACAAAGGUGAUGGGGAUAUUUUGUUAGGUGAUAGCAAAUGCUUUUCAUUUUUAAACAUAGGAUUAAAAUUGGAUUUGCUUCUCUUUAAUACUUCAACAUAUUGAAUUUUCCUAGGAAAGUGACUAGCUAUAAUGAAAAUUCAAGGGAAAGGGGAAAAAAUUGUCUGUAAAUGCAGAUGAAAUAACUUCAUUUUAAAAUACAAAUAAUAGUAGGUUUGGUGUAUGUAGGUUUAAAAUUAUAGUGAUGAGUAGUCAAACUUAAUAUACAAUCAGUUCUUACAAAUAUUUUACACUUAGCUGCCAUUACACAACAAAUUGGAAUUUUGCAGCUGUUCAACUAUCAUGGACUCUGUACAGGAUAGAUGUGUAUAAUGGGAAAUAUGUACUGCUUCUUUCUUUGAUUGCCACUCAAGAUGGAAACACCAUGCCAAGGCAUUUUGGUUAUACACAGAUCAUUCUAAACCUGUUAUUUUGGAGAGGUAUAUUGGUUUCUUUCUCAUUUAUAAGGCUAUUGUAUUUUUUUUCUAUGUGAUUCAGGUGUAUUUAUUUGAAGAAUAUUUGUAAUUAUUGGAAAACCACACCUACCUGUAUUGCCAAAUUCUUUGUAAACUCUCCGUGGCAUUUGUGCUUUCCUGGCUGAGAGCUCUCCCCUGUUGAUACAGCUAUGGCACCAUUGUAAUUACAGGUGCACCUUUCAGGUGCAUCUCCAUUAAAUGGUUCAUAGAUGAUUUAAUAAAAAGAAACUUCUUAGUUGAUGCAGA